AUGGAUUCCAACGCAGCGUUCCUCAAAGACUUAGAGGCUUUCUUGGACAACAGUGCUAUGAAAGAUGCCAACGUUGAGUUCCCGUUCGACGCUCUCGACCCCCGUUUGCUACCUGCUGGUGAUGCCUCAUCCAACACCUUCGAGGUCGACUCGAUGGCUGUCGCGACGCUGCCAGAUCUCGUUGCUAAUGAUAACCAAACCGAAAGCAGCUCCAGUGACCCUGAAAACCAAAGUGCAGAAGCUACUCGUCGAGCAAAGGAGGCCAGCCGCAGACAAGAAUAUCGCAAGCGUCAAAGGGACGAGCGUAGUAAACUCCUUGACGAAGUGGACCAACUCUCUAUCACUCUACGAAAGCUUAUGAAAACCGCCCAAAACACUACAGGCCGAUAUGAUUGGGCCACCAGACCCAACCGGGUCUGGAAGAACGUUGCGGUUGCAGAACUUGAGGCGCGUGAACGUGCUCAAGCAGAAAACCAACGUCUGGUCGAUGCUAUCAAAGCCAGAGCCAAGUUGAUCAACGAUCUAAGUAGGGUCACGCGAAAGCAAAUCGCCCGCGCACCUCGCCCGAGCAAAGCCACACGUUCUCGGCCAUGCGAUAGCCCUCUGUGCGCUGCCUUUCUUCGAGAUCUAGAAGUGAACUACGCGCAAACCGACAAAGUGUUUGAAGACAUCGAUUUCGUGUCAAGCACGCAAGGGUCGUGGCAAUCUGCUCACAACGACCGAGACAACGACAGCGCGAAGCACUUCUUCCGUUCAACCAAGAUGCUAAUUCCGAGCACAUUUGAGUCAACGUGUCAGGAGAUGUGGAAUAUUGCCGAACUGCAUGCACAAGCUGAAGAUGCACAGGCGUAUAACGCUGGAAAGGAUGCCAAAAACACCAUUGCCGUCAGGUAUCGCAUAUCAAAAACUCAAACGUCCGGGCAAACUGCAUCAGUCCGACCGCUUCUGGUCCUUCGUCGCUUUGCUGGGCUAGACAAGAUGGUGCUAGUGUGGAAGGUAUUGGCGGAGGGGGAGGGUAUUCUCCGUGGCAUUCGUGCCGACGAAUCGGGUUGGUGCCGUCUAAGACCUUCUGGAAACACUACAAACCGUGGGACUUGGAUGGAACUAUAUGGAUGCCGGACAAUUUUGCACUACGUGGACGGACAGCUUGAUACUCCUACGGUUAAUCUGUUCAACGAAAUUCUGCACUGCAAUAUGAUCGAAAAACAAGACGAGGAACGGAUUGUGGAAGGACUGCAAAAGAUUGUGUUAGAAAAAAAGUUGUAUGGCUUAAUUUCAGCGGUAGAUUACGCACUAUGA